AUGACCCAUCAUGAUGAGGACCCAUCGAUGGAACAGCACUCCACUUCCCAGCAAGCACGAGCCGCUACGGCCGUACAUACGGCCGUACAGUCCACCAACGCCGCAAAUCACCCAAUUUUGCUUCAAGAAACAGACCUCGCUACUCCCGAUUCGACCGACGAAUUGGCACCUCCUGCGUAUGGCAACAUCUUCGGGGAACCUGGCAAUGAGGGAGAAGAUCCGGGCAUUACCGGUCGUAUUGCAGACGAUGGUCGUGUCAACAUCCGCAUCAACCAACGCAGUCGCCAUUUGUCCCAGAUCUUCAACCCUGCACUCCACGAGCAGUUCCGCAAGGCAGAGGAUAGCACCUUAGUGACCCAACAUCCUCCCUUGGAAGACCAGGAGAGAAUUCCGAAUCCACCCAUCUUGAAUGUCGUGAUCCAAGUAGUAGGCUCACGCGGCGACGUGCAGCCCUUCAUCGCCCUCGGCAAGGUCCUCAAGGAGAAAUACGGCCAUCGAGUACGCCUCGCAACGCACCCUUGUUUCCGUACCUUCGUCGUGGAGAAUGGCUUGGAAUUCUUCAGCAUUGGCGGCGAUCCUUCCCGCCUCAUGGCAUUCAUGGCCGAGAAUCCCCGUCUCGUCCCCGGCUUCCGCAGUAUCAUGAACGGAGACAUCAAAAAACGGCGCAAAGACGUCAGCGAGUACAUUCAAGGCUGCUGGCGCUCAUGUUUCGAAGCCGGCGACGGAAUGCAGGACGACGAAGCUGCCACCUGCGCAGACAACAAACCUCCCUUCGAACCCGACACCCGACCCUUCGUCGCGGACGCCAUCAUCGCCAACCCUCCCAGCUUCGCACACAUCCAUUGCGCCGAGAAACUCGGCAUUCCCCUCCACAUCAUGUUCACGAUGCCCUACUCUCCCACCCGCGCCUUUCCACACCCUCUCGCCAACAUCCAAUCCUCCAACGCCGACCCGCAAAUGACCAACUUCAUUAGCUACGCCAUGAUCGAGCUCCUCUCCUGGCAAGCCCUGGGCGACAUCAUCAACCGUUUCCGAAGGAAAUGCCUCAAUUUAGAUCCCAUCAGUUCCAUGUGGGGACCCGGUAUGCUCGAACUUCUCAAAGUGCCGCACACGUAUUGCUGGUCGCCGGCACUGAUUCCCAAACCGCGGGACUGGGGAGAACACAUUGACAUUGCGGGAUUCUACUUCCUCGACUUGGCUGCGGAAUAUACCCCUUCUCCGGAACUGCAAGCUUUCCUCGACGCAGGGCCUCGACCCGUGUACAUCGGUUUCGGCAGCAUCGUGCUCGAAAACCCCGACGCCAUGACGCAGCUUAUCUUCGAAACCGCGAGAUCAACCGGGCAAAGAAUCCUCCUAUCCAAAGGCUGGGGCGGAAUAGGCUCCGACACCGUCCCAGCCAACAUCUUCAUGCUAGACAACGUACCCCACGACUGGCUCUUCCAACACGUCUCCUGCGUCGUCCACCACGGCGGCGCAGGCACCACAGCAGCGGGCAUCGCAGCCGGACGUCCCACGGUCGUGAUCCCCUUCUUCGGCGACCAGCCGUUCUGGGGCGCUAUGCUUGCUCGCGCAGGUGCAGGUCCUGAUCCCAUCCCUCAUAAAACUCUCACACCUGCGAUCCUCGCCUCCGCAAUCACUUUCUGUCUGCAACCCUCGACUCUCGCGCGCGCGGCAGAUCUCGCCGACAAAAUCCGCGCUGAGCGAGGAGCCGAGCAAGGAGCCGAUUUCUUCCAUCAGCACCUCAAUGUCGACUCCCUCCGCUGCGCUCUCUCCCCCUCCCGCGCUGCCGUGUGGGAAUGGCGUCCUUCCAAGCAGCGCGCGAAAGUCCCGAAAGCCCCGAAAGUCCGACUCAGCGCUUUCGCAGCUUGUACGCUUGCGAAUGCGGGAUUAUUGGAUUUUCGUGAUGUGAAGUUGCUGAGGGGGAGGGAGUGGUAUACGGAUGAAGGACCGCUGGAUCCGAUUUCGGGGGGGUUUGUGGCGGCGACGAGGGCGUUUGGAGGGAUGGCAGUGGGGCUGGCGGGUGUGCCGGGGGAGACUUGGAAGGUUCUAAGGGGUGGGAGGAGGAGGGAGGCCUCGACGGGGAAUGGACGGACUGGGAGUGAGGUUUCCUCAUUGUUGAUGGAGGAGGAGGGGAAAUCAUCGUCGACCACGGCGGGCUCCGCGCAAAGCCAGACGGGAGCCAGCAGCGAGUCUCACACCGCGGGAGAAGCGAGCAGCUCUGCUCGAUCAGAUGCCCUUUCGACAUCUUUCCACACCACCAACAGCCGAAUCCGCAACCGCGUCGAACCCAACCCCAACAAGCACAAAGACCGCCUCCGCCCCACCGCCCCUCACACCUCCGCCGGCGCCGGAAAAUUCCUCCGCACCCUCGCUCAAUCCCCGACAAAUCUCUCCCUCAGCCUCACCCGCGGAACGCACAAUCUCCCCAAACUCUGGAACGACACGACCGUCCGGCCGCAAGAACGCGUCACCUCCCUCUCCACCGGGCUCGUCGCUGGAGGUCGCGAAUUCGGAUACGGUUGGUAUGAUGGCCUCACGGGGCUGGUCACACACCCGUUAAAGGGAGCACGGCAGGAAGGGUUAGGGGGUUUCGCGAAGGGGGUGGGAAAGGGAGCGGCGGGGUUUGUGGUGAAGCCGUUGGCGGGAGCGUUGGGGGUGUUGGGGUAUACGUUGAAGGGGGUGAGUGAGGAGGUGAGAGGGUUGGCGGGUGGGGGGCAGUUGGGGGAGUGGAUUGCUGCCGCGAGGAUGGGGAUGGGGUAUGAGGAGUGGUUGAGGAGUGGGAUGGAGGAAAGGGAGGGGGUUGUGAAGAUGUGGGAGGGGAUGAGAGGGAGUGGCGGGAAAGAGGAUUGGAAGGUGAGGGUGGCGAGUACGGACUUGCUGCCGCCGCCGGCGACACGUCGAUCGGGUGGAGAAGUCGUCGCGCCGGAACAGUCCUUGUACAGCACUGAAGGCUGGACGAUGUCGGGCGACGGAGUGGGCUAUAGCCAUACCAGAGCCACGAGAGAAGCCUCCUCGACUCCUCCUCACGCAGGAAAAUCCGCCACGCCACCUGAGACCUUCGCACGGCACAGCAGCGACAGCUCCCAACCCGGGUCCGUCCUGGACACAUCCAGCCUCAACAGCCUCACCGACGACCCUCCACCAGCGGGUAACCUCCAAUCGUUUCACGAUGUCCCGGCUCACGGAUCAUCACGGGAGUAUCCUCGGGAGAAGACAGCGCAGGACAAGACGGAAGAAGAAAUCGUGAUGGAGUAUGUUCGGAAGCAGAGUCUGCUGGAGGAAGCACACCGUCAGGGGCGAAUGGUAGGGAUCCAAGCCGCUGCGUCGUCUUCGAGGGUUGGAGGAUGGGAUGAGGAUGAGGACUUGAGGAGGGCAUUGGAGUUGAGUUUGCGUCGAUGA